CUUAUUCAUCGUGUUCGAUUAGUUGUUGCUAGUGAAAGCAUAGAAUAUAUUAAAAUACGAGAAAAAAGUGCGGAAAGGCACAAAUAUGAGUAAAUUCACAGCUAUUUUGGAGCGCGAAUUUCCAGCCAUUGAUAAUGAGCUAAAGGAUUACGUGGAGGGUGUACUAUGUGGUAGUUUGGAGGAUUUUGAGUCAUGCGACGACAUAUUUGAUGCGGUGGGUGAUAUACUGCAGAGCAUUGAUAUGGGAAAGUCAGAGGAGAAUAUAAGAGAUCUCUGUGAAGAAUUCUUUAUUAUAAUUAAAAAGAAUACAAAAAAUGAGGUACGUAAGGUAUUAAAUGCGCCCGUUAAUAUUGCCGCUAUGGCCAAAGAGAUGGAAAAUGUUGAUAAAAAUAUGCAGAGCAUAUGGCUAACUACCAAGGAUGGUGGCUCGAAAGUAAACAGCAAAAAGCUAGAGAAAGCCGAAGCGAAGCUACAGCAAAAGCAGGAAAAGCGGCAGGAUGUAGGUAAAUCAACAGUUGCUGCGCCCGUCAAACUACAAACUGCCACAGCCUCACAAGUGCUGAGUAAGAAAAAUACGAAAAUGGAGCAAAAAGGCACAAAUCGUUCAAUGGAUAUCAAAAUUGAGAAUUUCGAUUUGGCAUUUGGUGAUAAAGUGUUGCUGCAAAACGCCAAUUUGCUGCUCUCUUGUGGUCGUCGUUACGGUCUUGUCGGUCGUAACGGUUUGGGUAAAACCACACUGCUGCGCAUGAUUUCGGAUCGCCAAUUGGCCAUACCCUCACACAUCAGCGUAUUGCAUGUGGAACAAGAAGUGGUGGGCGAUGAAACAAAAGCCGUUGACAGUGUGUUGGAAUGUGAUCUUGAACGUAAUCGUUUAUUAACACGCGAGAAGGAAAUAAUUGCCACUUUAAAUAGUGGCGUACAGGAUACGAAGUUAAGCACCGAGUUGAAUGAAGUGUACGCACAGUUGCAGAAUAUCGAAGCAGAUAAGGCGGUGGCAAGAGCUGCUGUUAUAUUACGUGGUCUUGGUUUCGAUGCUGAAAUGCAGCAAAGACCAACAAAAUCGUUUUCUGGUGGUUGGCGUAUGCGUUUGGCUUUGGCGCGUGCACUUUUCUCCAAACCUGAUCUGCUACUGCUCGAUGAACCGACCAACAUGUUGGAUAUAAAAGCCAUAAUAUGGCUUGAAAAUUACCUACAAACCUGGCCGACAACACUGUUAGUGGUUUCUCACGAUCGUAACUUUUUGGAAACUGUACCAACCGAUAUCAUACAUCUACAUUCCCAGGCGCUAGAGGCUUACAAAGGUAAUUAUGAACAGUUUGAGAAGACAAAGAACGAGAAAUUGAAGGCGCAACGACGCGAGUACGAAGCACAAAUGGCACAUCGCGCGCAUGUGCAAGAGUUCAUCGACCGUUUCCGUUACAAUGCAAAUCGUGCAUCUUCGGUGCAGUCGAAAAUUAAAAUGUUGGAGAAGCUCCCCGAAUUGAAACCUGUAGAGAAGGAAGUUGAGGUUAAACUGAAAUUCCCCGAAGUCGAACCAUUAAAUCCUCCGGUCUUAGCCAUAUCAGAAAUCGAAUUUAGAUACAAAGACACAGAUCCACUACCCGUUUUCAAAAAUGUGAAUCUAUCAGCUACCUCAGACUCGAGAAUAUGUAUCGUGGGCGAAAACGGCGCUGGUAAAACUACACUGCUUAAAAUCAUUGUUGGUCAGUUGACUACAAUACACGGCAACAUUGUCUCACAUCGUGGUUUGCGUAUUGGCUAUUUUGCGCAACAUCACGUCGAUCACCUAAAUAUGAAUACGACUUGUGUGGGUGUAUUGGCAGAUCUUUUCCCAGGACGACCGGACGAGGAAUAUCGUCGGCAAUUGGGCAGUUUUGGCAUAUCAGGACAAUUAGCGUUGCAAAGCAUUGCCAGUUUAUCCGGAGGACAGAAAUCUCGUGUCGCUUUAGCGAAAAUGUGCAUGGCCGAUCCAAACUUCUUAGUGCUUGAUGAACCUACAAAUCACUUGGAUAUCGAGACCAUUGAUGCCUUGGGACGUGCGAUUAAUGCAUUUAAGGGCGGUGUAAUAUUAGUUUCUCACGACGAACGUCUCAUCAAAGUGGUGUGCAAAGAGCUGUGGGUGUGCGGCAAUCGUACGGUGCGCGCCAUGGAAGGCGGUCUGGAUGAAUACAAACGUGAAGUUUACAAAGAAAUUGAGGCGGCAAAUAGUUAAAUUAAAUUGUAGCGCAAAACUAUAUUUUGUAUUCGUUCUAAAUGUAAUUUAUGCACGUGCACUGUAAAAGUAAACUACUUUGAUAUUGACUUUUACAAUUGCAUAUAUAAAUUAUUAAAAUACAAACAAACAUAUGAAAAAAUAUAAUUUCCAAACGUGA